AUGUAAAUCUAACAAUAUUAAAUAUUUUCAAGAUCAGAAUUAGUAAUCCACGAAAUAGUUAAAGAUUUUGAAUGUCCAAUAUGUUUAGAUACUUUAUUUUAGCCAGUCAAGUAUAAUUGUCAGGUCCAUUCAAUUUGUUUAGACUGUGUAAUACAUCUUUAGAAAUGCCCUUUAUGUAGAAGAAACAUAUCUGAUGUCUAACCAAAUUAAGAAUUGAGAAAAACUUUAAAUAGUUUAUAAUGUAAAUGUCCUUAAGGUUGUGGGAUAAUUUAAUAUGAAGAUUUAUAUUCUCAUAAAAUUAAUUGUCCUUUGUAAUCUGAUGCUUAGAAAAAAACUUCUUAAGCUUUAAUGUAAAUCAAGGAUCAAAUGAUUUAAAUACUUGAUAAAGAGAUAAAUCCUCAUUUAAAAGAAAUGCAUAGAAAAAUUUUUGAUGAUUUCUUAACAAAUUGGGAUUGGCUUCCAUAUAAGAAAGAAGAUUGGAAAUGGUGGUGGUGGAGUAAUACUGCAUGGUGGAAUCAAUAAACAUGUGAAAAAUGUAAUGAAUUAUGGCAUAAAUAUGAAGAUGAAAUAAUAUUAUAUGAAAAUAUUAGAAUAAACUUAUUAGAAUUAUUAUGA